GGAUGGCAUGGUGACAGCGGAGGCUGGAGCACACCUGGGUGGACAGCUUCAGUCCCAUCAGCAUGGGGCUUGGCACAGGGACUAGAAAAACUGGAAGUGGCCAAGCCAUCCCAGCCAGCUGCUCCCUUCUGCCCAGACUCAUGUGACCCUGGUUUCCGCCUGCUCAGUGGCCAGGCUCCUGCCCCUCUCGGGCCAUAGUUACGCCCCUCCCCGCACUCCUCCUCUGCAAAGGGGGGGAGAGCCAGCAUCUUCCUCUCCGGGGCCAGCCUCUGAGCAGCCGCAGGCAGGGCUGACAGCUGUGCAGGAGCCUCACACACCAGCCGCCCACAGAGCCACCAGCGCCGCCAUGAAGGACGAGGUGGCUCUUCUGGCCACGGUUACCCUCCUGGGGGUUCUACUGCAAGCCUACUUCUCCCUGCAGGUGAUCGCGGCGCGCAGGGCCUUCCGCGUGUCGCCGCCGCUCACCACCGGCCCGCCCGAGUUCGAGCGCGUCUUCCGAGCGCAGGUCAACUGCAGCGAGUACUUCCCGCUGUUCCUGGCCGCGCUCUGGGUGGCCGGCGUCUUCUGCCACGAAGGUGCUGCGGCCGCGUGCGGCCUGGUCUACCUGUUCGCGCGCCUCCGCUACUUCCAGGGCUACGCGCGCUCCGCGCAGCAGAGGCUGGCCCCGCUGUACACGAGCGCGCACGCGCUCUGGCUGCUGGUGGCGCUGGCGGCGCUCGGCCUGCUCGCCCACUUCCUGCCCGCCUCGCUGCGCGCCGCGCUCCGGGGGCGGCUCGGGACGCUGCUGCCCUGGGCCUGACACCGAGGACGCGGAUCUGCGAGCUGGACCGGAGCCGGGCGCCGGGAGGACGGGGGAGGGUGCCCCCAGCCCAGUCUCUGAUUAAAGUGCUCGCGCCCA